AUGGACGAGGCUGCAGCCAUGCAUUCUCUACACCCAUCAUCAAUCUCUUCCAAUUUCCCUCUCAUUUCUGCCUUUGUCGCUUUUGCCCUUGCCCAAUCCAUCAAGUUCUUCACCAACUGGUUUAAGGAAAGAAGAUUGGAUCUGAAGCAAUUAGUUGCGUCUGGUGGAAUGCCAUCAUCUCAUUCAGCAACUGUGACUGCUCUUGCAGCUUCCAUUGGGUUGCAACAAGGCUUUGGAGGACCUCUUUUUGCUACUUCCUUGGUUUUCGCCUGUAUUGUGAUGUAUGAUGCUACUGGUGUAAGAUUGCAAGCAGGACGCCAAGCAGAGGUUUUAAACCAAAUUGUCUAUGAACUUCCUGCUGAGCAUCCUCUUGCCGAAAGCAGACCACUCCGGGAACUUCUUGGGCAUACACCCCGUCAUUGUCGGUGGGAUACUUGGACUCUUGACAGCAAUUGGGCUUCUAAAGCCCGUGACUAG